GAAAGUCGCAGGUCAGCAGAAAAUGUUGAAUAUGCAUAGGAACGCGCCUAACAUUCUGAUAACAGGCACGCCUGGUGUCGGCAAGAGUCUAAUGUCGCGUAUGUUAUCGGAGAAAACCGGACUAAAAUGGCUCGAUGUUAGUAAACUAGCUAUAGAGAAUGAAUGUCUAGAUGAAUACGAUGAGGUGUACCAGUGCAGUGUAUUAGAUGAGGACAAAUUAUUGGAUGGAAUGGAAAGUCUUAUGAACGAAGGAGGAAAGAUUGUAGAUUAUCAUAGUGCCGAGUUCUUUCCUGAGAGAUGGUUCGAUAUUGUAUUUGUACUCAGAACAGACAAUACCAUCUUGUACGAUCGUCUUAAGGAAAGAGGAUAUUGUGGAAAGAAACUAGAAGAUAACAUAGAUUGCGAAAUUUUUCAAACUAUUCUCGAAGAGGCAAGGUCAUCCUACAGGAAAGAAAUAGUACACGAACUGAUGAGCAAUACCGUAGAUCAGUUGACAGAUAAUGUAAAUAGGAUAUGUCAGUGGCUGGAACAGUGGAAAAUAGACAAUCCGCAAACUUGAAAA